GGCGAGGUCAGGGAUUCCUAGUUGCAGCGUGAUUACCAACGCCAGCUCCCUUCACUGUCCAAGACAGCGAUUCCGCGGCUCCUCUCAGAACUGGCGCUUGUGAGUGACUGAACGGGCCCCUGGAGAGGAGCGGUGCUCACAGUUGCUCAGGUACCUGAAUAUUGGCUUUGUGUCUAAAGUUCCUCGAACUUGCCCCCUUACCGUGAAAUAACUUGGCUUAAAUCACACUGCAUAUAGUACACAGGUGCUUAGCUCAAGCCUGAGAAUUACUGCAAUCUAGUAAGGCGGAUUUGAACUACUGUGGGAGUUCUAUUUAGGAAGAUGCAGCCUCUGAGCAAGUUGAUGGCUAUCUCAGAACCUCGAAACCUGUCUCUACGUGAACAAAGACAGGUUCUGAGAGCAGAUAUGUCUUGGCAGCAGGAAACCAUCCCCGUCGUGGAGACACAUGACUCUGAGGCAUCUCGUCAAAAGUUCAGACAUUUCCAGUAUUUGAAAGUGUCUGGGCCCCAUGAAGCCCUGAGCCAACUCUGGGAGCUCUGUCUUCAAUGGCUGAGACCAGAGAUUCAUACAAAGAAGCAGAUUAUAGAACUGUUGGUGCUGGAACAAUUUCUGGCAAUCCUGCCUGAAGAAGUCAGGACUUGGGUGAAUUUACAACAUCCAAACAACAGUAAAGAUAUGGUGACCCUCAUAGAAGAUGUGAUUGAAAUGCUUGAAGAUGAAGAUAUGCCCUGCAAGGACUCUGCCCCGCAGAUGGGGAGCAUCAAGGAGAAAAUGAAAGCUGGCUCACGAACAGGCAAACCACAGGAACCAGUGACAUUCAAAGAUGUGGUUGUGGAAUUCAGCAAGGAAGAGUGGGGGCAACUGGACUCUGCUGUAAAGAACCUGUACAGGAAUGUGAUGCUGGAAAACUUUAGGAACCUGAAUUCAUUGCGUAAAGCACAUCUACUUUCCAAACCAUUUGAGAGCCUUAAGUUGGAGAGUAAGAAAAAAAGAUGGAUAAUGGAGAAAGAAAUACCAAGGAACACUAUUUUUGACAUGAAGAGUAUUUCUGGAGAAGAAUCAUCCCAUGGAGUGAUUAUGACAAGGCUUACUGAAAGUGGACACCCUUCUUCAGAUGCCUGGAAAGGGAGAACACACUGAAGGAAGCAGAAUGAGGGGCACUAAGCACUGCAGGAGAAGAUGGGGAUGGCAGACUCAGCCUGACCAAAGAAAUCAAUCACAUCUUGGUAAAGUAAGCCACUCUCAUUUGUGUCUGGAUUAGAGUAGGAUGAACAUCAGAAAAGGGCUCUGUGAUCAGCCUCCUUUACUAGGCUUUAAUGUAACUGAUUUUCCCUUUAUUAUCUCCUAAACUCCUAAUUUAGAACAGCAUAUAAUAAAGCCUUUUUGUGCAGCUUUCUAUCCAGGCACCAAGAGGGGAAACCACCUCUUAUAUGCAGAACUGACAUACAAUGCCUUCCUCCAAAAUGCUAGCAACAACCAUCUCUGUACCCUCAAAAGUGAACUUGUUGAGGGCAAGACUUAGGUGUCCUAUCACACCGAAUCCCAGAGAAAGCAAACAAGAUAGAAUUAAAUUGGCCUGUGUUUGUUCUUCAGCCUCCCCAUCAGAGCUGAACUAGAGAUGACUCAAACACAAAAUCAUUAGGGUUCCUGGGGUUUGUGGUAAAAUGGAAUAUGAGAUAUGCUAAAGAUGUUUUCACUACAAAACACUCAAAAUAACCAAAUAAAUAUAACACCUUGAUAAUUUUGAACUUUACCUGCGCUAUGUGAUCCUAUAAUCCUCUUAAGAAUCUAGGGUGUGGUGGCUCAUGCCUGCAAUCCCAGCACUUUGGGAGGCUGAGGCAGGCAGAACACAAGGUCAGGAAUUUGAGACCAGCCUGGCCAACAUGGUGAAACCCCAUCUCUAUUAAAAAUACAAAAAUUAGCUAGGCAUGGUGGUGGGUGCCUGUAAUCCCAACUACUCGGAGGCUAAGGCAGGAGAAUUGCUUGAAGCUGGGAGGCAGAGGCUGCAGUGAGCCCAGAUCGUGCCAAUGCACUCCAGCCUGGGUGACAGAGUGAGAUCCGUCUCAAAAAAAAAAAAAAAAAGGUAUUAUGUUGGUGCAAAAGUAAUUGCAGUUUUUACGAUAAAAGUAAUGGUAAAAACUUUUGCACCAAGCGAAUAAAAUUGCUGGGAAAAAACAGCAGUCUGAUCAAACAUCCCACUUUCCCAAACCUACUUCUUUCUAGCCACGUUUAUGCCUUCCUAUAAAAGAAGUAGACAUGGGUUCUGGAGCAAGGACAUUCUUUCUGGAGAAGAUAACUAGUCACCCUUUGAAAAGAAGCUUCUGAUAUACUACUAGGCCCUAGUGGACACUGAACACCUACCUGGAACAUCAAAUAACUAGAUAGCCACACCCACCCAUGAACUGAGUAUUGUCAGAUCAACCAAGUUAUAAAAUUGGAUAGGUACUAUAGCAGUCCAUCAUAGGAGGGAAAUGGUAUGUUUGAGAUUGAUUCAGAGGGCUAAAAUUUCAUGAAUAGGUGGCUCAGACUCCCAUGUUCCCUAGCUCUGCUGCACUCUUGGCUCUUCCUAAACUUGUAUCCGUGGCCCUACAAGUAGCUUCCUGUGACCAGCUGACAGAGGAAGUGAAAACACAGGCCUGGGUCACAGAAGAGUUGGCUCAAUAUUGCAACCACCAGACAAAUCUGGUUCAAUUUUUAUGUAACAAGGUUGUGAGUUAUUUUUCAAUUCCCAUGGACCCUCCGGUCAUGUAACCUGAGUAUUCCCAGAUAAACCAAGCCUGCAACCAUAGGGAGAACCUAAUGCUCAGACCUAGCAGCAGAAACUGAAUUAAGAAGCAGACACUGCAUGUCAUAACCCAGGAUCAAAUCAAAUUGAGCUCUGGCAUCACCUACAUGGCAGGAUCCAAUCAGAUAAUGCCUCCCAGCACUACCUUAUUGCAAGAUCCAAUCAGAUCAUGCUUCAUUGCCCUAUGCUUAUAAAACCCAACCCUGCCCCUAGCUCAGGGAGACAGAUUUGAGCCUUUCCUCCUGUCUCCUUGCAAGUCAACUUGUAAUUAAGCUUUUUCUAUUUUUGAAAGCUUGUGCCAAAGUAUUGGUCUCCAUGUGUAUCAGGCAGCAAGCCCAUGGAUUUCUUCGUAGCAGUAUGUUGGAGCCAAAAUCAUACUGCUGCUGUACCUCAGCCCCACUCAAGGAUAGCCUUAACAAUGGUGAAGGGAAAUCUUUCCAGUGGCAAAGUCACAAAAAAAUGUUGAAAAACCUCAUCUGUUAAAGUAUUAUACACAGAGCUGUGUAUGGAAUAUGCUACUAUUUUUAUUUUUAAAAACCAAAAAGGAUAUGCAUAUCUAUUUGCUUGUGCAUGUAUUAAAAAUGCUUUGAAAGAAUUCAUUAGACACCAGAAAAAAAUGGCUGCCUCCAGAGAUAGGUACUGGAUAGGUGAGAGAAGUGACAGGGAGACUUACACCUUACAACCUCUAUAUCUUUUGUAUUUACAGCCACAUUAAUGUAUUAUCUAUGUUUUAAAGGAAAAUUAAUGUUCAUUAUACAAUGGAAUACUAUCUUUCAAAAAUUCUUAAGAAUGUCUUUCUGUUGUCUUUAUAUAUAUUAGGUGGAUAUUACCUAAUUCUAAUUUGUCAAUUCCAGAUCCCCAAAACACACACACACACACACACACGCAUGUGCGCACACACACAAAGGGGACUUUGAAAAAGAAGGGUGAUGAGAAUAUAUUUGUCCCUACCAGGUAUAUAUUCACAUUAUAAAACCAAAGUCAUUUAAAUUAGUGUGGCACUCCUGCAAAAAUUCAACAGACCAGGAAAAAUGAGAAUCAAGCAACAAUUAUAAGAGCUUGUUUAUGAAAAAGAAUCACAAACCAGUGACUGGAGAAGGCAUUAUGGAAAUUGGCAAAAUAUGUAGGCAUAGGCAGGAAACCAAGUUAGCAUCACACUUGAUAUCACAUACCAAAAUUAUAUCCUCCUUUUCAAAGCUUUCCAGCCUCAUCAUGUGAGAAAAGUGUUUUCAUCAACGCCCUGGCUUUAAUCCUGGACAAGCUGCCUGGACUGUGGGAAAGGGCAAAGAGUCUCAGGUCGCAAACCUCGUAAUAAUCAUGGUAGAGUUCUGGACAACCGCUUACUAUUUCUUUGCCUGCGUUUCUUCAUGGUCAAAAUGGAUGGCUCCUUGUUAUCUGUGAUUCCACUUUCCCCUAGCCUCCUUGCUUCCCUCCAGGAUGUCCAGCACCAGCCAGUGUACAGGCCCAAGGUCUGGACACCCUCCCUGCCUCUGGUUUCCCUAAGACAUGCCUAAGACAUGCCUCCCAGCACUACCUUAUUGCAAGAUCCAAUCAGAUCAUGCUUCAUUGCCCUAUGCUUAUAAAACCCAACCCUGCCCCUAGCUC